GGACUUUAAAAAGCCCUUUUCUACAUCUCCUGCUAGGGUUUUGUCUCUGUCGACUACUACUGACUUCUUCUUAGUCCAAUUAAUCGACACACGCAUACCCACACCAGCAGCAACAAUGGCGGCUAAAGUCCAGAGGAUUAUGACUCAACCCAUCAAUCUGAUCUUUCGGUUCCUUCAGAGUAAAGCUCGAAUUCAGAUUUGGUUGUUUGAACAGAAGGACUUGAGGAUUGAAGGCCGUAUAAUUGGGUUUGACGAGUACAUGAAUUUGGUACUUGACGAGGCUGAAGAAGUCAGCAUAAAAAAGAAGACCAGAAAGUCUCUAGGCAGGAUUCUGCUGAAAGGAGACAACAUCACCCUCAUGAUGAAUUUGAAUGCGGGAAAGUAACGAGAAGUAGCAAUCUGCACAAGGGACGCUGAAAAGAAAGUUUAUGGUUAAGCAUUGUGUCGAGUAAUUCUAAGUAGGGACUUGUAUUAGAACUGAUCCAGUUUGGAUGUUGAUGUUUUUAGAAUUUGUAUUUUUGUAUGCACCAAACUGCAAGAAAUAUGUCAAGAAGUAUGUUUUCACUUUAUGAGUGAAUCUUAUUGGAAAGUUGCAUUUUGCGUAAA